CUAAUAGAAGUUGCUGGAAAGAUUGUGUAUAAAUGGAGAGGGAAGGAAUAGGGAGAAGUUCGCGUGGCAUCUGAAUUGAUUUACAGGGAGAGAAUUAACGCGCGGCGGAGAAGAGUGAAGCGACAGCGAGUGAGGAAACGAGGAUGUUCAAGAAGGCGGUGGAGGCUAAGUCUCAUCAGAGGUUGUCUGGUGCGGACAGAAAGAAGCUGAAGCGAAGCAUUAAAGACAAAUUCCAAAGAGCUUCCGAUUCCGACUUAGACGCUUUGCUUCCUCCCAAGGCAGAGAUAACAGUGGCCAAGUUACAAAACCGAGUCCAUGUAUACGCUGUGGAGGGAGACUUUCCAAUGUUUUUCGAUAUUGAUGGCCGCGGCUCUGAAAUUUUCCCAACAGUUUAUGCACUGUGGAGGGUCCCUGAGCUACUGCCUGCUAUGGUGCUGAAGGGAGGUGAGGUUUCUCGGUUUGUAAUUGGAGGAGCAGACUUGAUGUUCCCAGGGAUUACUGUCCCUCCCGAAGGUCUUCCUUCCUUUGCAGCUGGGGAAACUUGGGCCGUUAAAGUGCCCGGAAACCCCGCUCCCAUUGCCGUUGGGAGUACCACAAUGAGCAGCACCGAAGCAUUGAAGGCUGGAUUACGUGGAAAGGCCCUAAGAAUAACUCAUUACUAUCGUGAUUUGCUUUGGGAAUCAGCUGAGGGCCAUUACGUGCCUAAUGCAGGUUUUUUGGAAGAUGCUGUGUUUGAGGAUCCUUCACUAUUGUUGCUGCCUUCUCGUGAUUCUGAUCUGACCGAGGUUGCUUGUCAGACAUCAAUUGAUCAGCAGAACAACCCAAAUAGUCUUGGAGCAGAGGAAUCUAUGGAUGUAAAUGAGUUACAACCUGACUCCACUCAUGUGUUGACAGCACCAAAUGAUGAUGAAAAUGAUGCUGCAACUGGAGCAACUGAACGCAUGGCUGAUUUGAAGUUAUCAGAUAAUUCUGCCUCUGCUAAUGAUUCUAAUGACCAACAUGCCCUAUCAACUGCAGACAUAGAUUCCCUGUUAGAUAAGUGCCUUCUACAAGCUUUGCAUACAACAGUGAAGGACAAAGACCUUCCCAUGCCUGGAAGCACUCUAUGGUCAAACCAUGUCUUGCCAUGUAGGCCUUCAGGAAUUACUUUAGACAUCAAGAAAUCCUCCUACAAGAAGUUAUCGAAGUGGUUACAAGCAAAAUCCUCCGCUGGCUUGAUAUCAGUGAAAGAAGAUAAAUACAAAAAAGAAGUCAUGCUACUUUCAGUAAAUCGAAACCAUGCUGAUUAUUCAUCCUUUAAGCCUGAAAAAAGGCCAGUGGAGAAAAGUGAUCAGCCCAGUGUUCAGUCUGCCAAUGAAAUUCGUUCAUCCAAAACUCUUGAAGUGGCUGAAAUCUACAAACCGAGUGUACAUGUCAAUUCCAUAUUUUCAUCUGUUGGAGCUGACACAGGGAAACUUUUUAGUGCUGCUGAAGCUUCUGAUGUUGUCUUCAAGUACAUUGAAAAAGAAAAUCUUGUAAAACCAACAGAUAAAUCUAUUGUGGUUCUUGAUGCUAUAUUAUGUGAUGCACUGUUCAAGGGGGCUAUUAAAAAAGGAAUAACUUACCCUACAGAAAUUCACAAGAAGGAUUUGGCACCAACAUUUGUGAACCGUAUGCAACCUCACCAUGUAGUGGCAAGAGGGAAUGAAACAGUGGUUCGUAAAGGGGCACUUAAAACAAUUCAGCUUGUCACAGAACGUCGGCAAGGCAACAAGAAGGUAACCAAACUCUCUGGUAUGGAAACCUUUCUUAUAGAUGCUGAAGCAUUAGCAUCAGAACUGCAGAAGAAGUUUGCUUGCAGUACCUCUGUUGCAGAACUACCAGGUAAGAAAGGGCAUGAAGUUUUGGUUCAGGGAGGAGUUAUUGAUGACCUGGCUAGGCAUUUGAUAGAACAAUAUGGAGUUCCAAAGAGAUAUAUUGAAGUUCUUGAUAAAACCAAGAAAUGAGCACAUAAAGUGGCAUUUUGUAACGCUACUUGGAGUGCUUUACUUAGAUGUGUGGAGCUGUAUGAAUUUUUGUACUUCUCGCACACUUGGUAUUAUUGGGUUGAGGUGAAUGUAGAAAGAGCACACUAAGAAUAGAAAUGAACGAAUCACAAAUGUUCUUUGCAAUUCGAGGAUUUGCCGUUUACAAGUUUAUUGUGAAACUCUGAAUGAGGGAGGCCGCCAUUCAGAUCAACAAACACUCACUUGAGGCAGUGUUACACACUUUUAUUACUAGUCAGUAUGUAAUCUAAAGACAAACUUUUAUUUUAGUUUUUUGAGAUUGUAAGCGUUAACAAUUUUAUUUUUUGACUUAACAAAACUUUAGUUUUUUAUUUUUG